AUGACGCCAUUCUUCGUCGCCAUUUUGUUGCUCGGCCUUUCGUCCAUGGCCACCGCCACGAACUUAUUCUCUCAGGUCUUCGAAUGGCCCGAUGGAUUGGACUACGAGUGGCCCUCUGAGGCAAACAGGACACAGGAAGAUGAAACUUUGGAACCAGAUGAUAUUGUGCCUCUUUACAUGGCAGCAUACGGACCAAAGAUCUUCCUCAGUCUUAAGAAAUAUGGUAAUAUCCCGAUGAGUCUGGUGUCUCUGCCGACGAGAAGUGCGUCCUCCGCACCUCCGAAACUCACUCCAUUCCCUUCGUGGGACAUGCAUGAAAAUGAAAACUGGGAAAAGUGCAACAAAAUUGAAGAAGCCAAAGGGCUGGAAGUGGACUCCAUUGGCAGGCUGUGGGUGCUCGAUGAGGCCAGCUCCAAAUCCAAUUGCAGAGCCAAACUAUGGAUUUUUGAUUUAAACUCCAAUAAAACCGAACUCGUUCAUCAUUUCUAUUUUCACGACCCGAUACACGACUUGGUGCUGGACGAAACGCCAAACGGAACCUUCGCCUACAUCUCGCGUCAGAGUAAACAACACAUUGUCGUGUUUAGUUUGGAGCAAAAUGAAUCUUGGAAGGUGAACACGUCAGGACUCGCGGUUUCGUCCAUUGCCCUAUCCCCUAAGAAUCAGGAACCGAGAACGCUCUACCUCAGCGAAUACGAAUCCAGUGAACUGUAUUCAAUUUCCGUCGCCGCUCUCCGCAACGGAACUCGAACUGCAAAUCCGGAACUAAUCGGAAACUGGACUGCAAAGCAAUCGUAUAGAAUGCUAUUGGACAACCACGGGACAAUGUAUGCCGCCUUUCAGUGGGAAAACUACACAUCUUCUUGGAACUCUUCCCAGCCAUUUCAGGAGCAGCGUUUUUAUGAGGCCGCUGAUCUUCUUCCAUUUUAUUGGCAAUUCACUUUUUCCUUGGGCCAAAGUGGAUCUCUCUGGAUGAUGGUGUUUGAUGAAUAUAGUAAUCCAAGAUACGCGCUCUUGAAGGCUGAAAUAGGAGCAAAGUCAUACAUCUUCGAGGAUCUGCCUGAAGAAUCCAUUUUGUGGCACCUGUUUGGCAUCAUUCUGUCCGGCUCCAUCGUAUUUAGUGUGGUCAUUUUUUGGCGCAACCUGAGACAGAAGAGGAUCAAUUCCCUUUCCCGAAUCAUCACUAAAGAGCUCACCAAAUACCGCACCACGAGUCCCACAAUGACGUUUAUUCCACGCCCACUCUCUCCUGAUCUCAAUAUAAGAGCAGCCGAAAAAUCCAAGCUUGGAACCGACGAUUAG